AUGGAAAAGUGUGAAAAUCUCGGCAAAAGUGUUGUGGAAACACAAUCUCCAGGAUCAUCUGUUGUUUUGGUUGCGCGUUUUGAUGGUCAGAAAGUAAAGGAUUUGGAAUACGUAAGCACUGGUGUAAUAGGAGUACAAAAACACAACAGCCAUUUAGGUGGAAUUAUGUAUGUGCAAAGCAAGGUUGUGGAAAAAUUCAAUGAUACACACAACCAUCCGUUGAUUAACACUCCUACAAAGGUGAAGAAGUUUUUUUCUCAUAGUGGUUUACGACACUCAGGCAUUACUAAGUCGUUGGUUUCUAAGCUUUAUCAGGAGGGUUUAACAUCUUCAAAAAUCUCAAAGGUGGUUAACGCUAUGAACGAAGAUUUUAAUAUUACUCCAAUUCAAAUUAGCACUAUUAUAUCAAGCCAGAGACAUAGUAAUGUAGGCCGAGAAUGCCAGGGCAUUGUCAAACACUUUCAAAGGAAGUCUGUUAUUGAUAGAGAUUUUUAUUUUGAUAUGCAUCUAGCAGAAGAUGGUACAAUAAGAAGUGUCUUCUGGGCGGAUUGUAGGUCAAGAGCUGCAUAUGCUCAAUUUGGUGAAGUCCUUGUGUUUGAUGUGACAUACAAAACAAACAAGUUCAAGUUUCCUUUUGCCCAUUUCGUGGGUGUUAAUCACCACGGGCAAUCAAUUUUAUUUGCUGCUGCUUUGGUAGAAGAUGAAACAGAAGCAACUUUUACUUGGUUGUUUGAACAAUUUCGAACAUGUAUGUUUGAUAGGUCUCCGGUUGCUAUUAUAACUGAUCAAGACAAAGCUAUGGGAAAAUCAAUUGCUAAAAUAUUUCCAGGAGCUCGACAUCGUUUUUGCGCAUGGCACCUGAAAAAACAUGUUAUGGAGCACAGUCAAUCACUCCGCGCACAAUUUAAAGAUAAUUUUGAUGCUGACUUCCGUGAGUGGUAUAAAAGUCAAAAGAUCGAUGAGUUUGAAGGAAAGUGGGAAGCAUUAAAGAAUAAAUAUGAUAUUAGAGCAGGUAGUUGGUUGGCUAACAUGUAUACUUCACGUCAUCAUUGGGCAAAGGCAUACUUGAAAGAUACAUUUUUUGCCGGAAUGACCACAAGUGGUCGAAGUGAGAGCAUCAAUUCAUUUUUUGAUGGAUAUGUCAACUCUAACACAAUGUUAAAUGACUUUGUCAUCCAAUAUGACAAAGCAAUCAAGUCUAGGAGGGAUGCAGAAGAAGAUGAAGAUUUCAAAACUAUAAAUACAAAAGCAAUUUUGGAGACUGCUCAUCCUAUCGAAGCAAUAGCCGGAAAGCGCUACACAAGAAAAAUGUUUGAGAUCUUCAAAAAGGGGUGGAAGGCUGCCAUUGGUGAUUAUUUUCACGAAAAGAUUUCAACGGACAAUAAUUAUACCAAGUACCGGGUGGGAUCUCGUGAAGUUGAUAAAAAGUGGUGGGCAAUUGUGGACUACCAUUUGAAAGAAACCUUCACAGAUCGUUGUUCUUGUGCAAAAUUUGAAACUAUGGGGAUUUUGUGUAGACAUAUUCUAUACAUCAUGAAGAAGAAACAAAUGAUGACCUUUCCAGAAAAAUAUAUUUUGUCUAGGUGGACAAUGGAUACCAGUUAUAGAGUUGAAAACUUUGCAGGCAUUCAUAUUGAAACAACUACUAAUGAAGUUAGUGCAUUGUCUUUGUGGUUGGUUCAAUCUAAAUUCACCAUGGCUAUUUCUGAAGCAAGAGAUUCUAUUUCUGAGGUUAGAAGGCUUGAUGCUAUGGUUUCUGAAUUUCUACAACUACAAUUGGAAAGAAAGAAAAAGACAACUGAAGAUGAAAUGGUUCCUACAAUUUUUCCUUCACUAGUUCCCGAUAAUGUUUCACAAGUUUCACACAUUAAUGAUGUGCGUGAUCCUACUCAACUAGUCAAAACUAAGGGGCGUCCAAGGGUUGCUUCACGUAUAAAAUCUAGCGUGGAAAUGUCUACAAAACAACAAAGGACUUGCAGUUAUUGUCAAGGGAAAGGUCAUUAUAAGACUGGUUGUCAGAAGCUAAAGUACCAAGAAUCUCUCGAGCUGCUUUCUCCGGAAUUUGUGAACACAAUGUUCUUGUCUCUCUCUGACCCUGACCUUCCUAUACACAUGGUUUACACAAAGGGGUAUUCACCAGAAUGCUCAAGAGUGACAUCCUUCAAAAUCCAGUUAUUAAAGUGGUUGCAGAGAAAUUGGGGAAGACUCAUCAGGAAUAUCUGUCUUGGUAAUAAUAAUAGUAGUAUUAAAGGACCAGUACUAAUUGAGAAUUCAGAGGAUGAUGGCGAUGAACCACUUAGACGUUGUAGAUAUAGCAGGAUCAUGACUGAGAUUCAAAUGAUUGAAAUACUUUCUUCAAAGCAAUUUUAG